AGCUUUUAGUUUAGUUUAUUUCUUUUUCCUUUUUUUCUUUUUCUUUUUCUUUACACUAUGAAUCCUUCAAGUUUAAUUCAUGACGAAGAAGCCAAAGAGGCUGCUCUUCGAGACUUGGAAAGUCAAUUAGACUUGACUACAGACCAAUUAAAGAAACUCGCACAAACCUUGAAAAAUGACAUGAAUAUAGGGCUACAACAAUGUGAUACAGACUGUGAUAUUCCUAUGCUUCCUUCUUGGAUUACACGUAGACCUACUGGACAAGAAAAGGGCGAGUAUAUUGGCUUGGAUUUGAGUGGUUCUUAUGUAAGAGUCUAUCUGGUGACACUUCAAGGUCAAGGUCGUAUCAAGACACGUCAAGUGAAGUAUACAGUUAAAGAAUACUUGAAAAAGGGUCAUGUAUCUAAACUGAUUGACUUCAUGACAACCUGUGUGGACGGAUUUUUAUCGUUUAUCAAUAAGGGCGAUGGUAAAAACCCUUUGCCUUUGGGUCUCUGUAUCUCUUUCCCUCUUGUUCAGACAGCCAUCAAUAAUGCCCAUGUUCUGCGUUGGACCAAGGACUUUGCCAUCACAGGUGCUGAAAAGAAGAACCUGGUUGAAUUAUUACAGACCUCUUUCCGUCGUCGUGAAAUUCCUGUGGUCAUCAAGGCAGUCGUCAAUGGUGCUGCUGGUUGUUUAUUGGCUCAUAGUUAUCGUAGUCUCGAUACACUGCUUGCCUGUACUGUCAGUUCAGGCUCCAAUGCUGCUUAUUGGGAAAAAGUUAAUCAGGCACCUAAACUCCAAUCCAGAGUCGAUGCUGAAGAAAUGAUUAUCAACACAGAAUGGGGAAGUUUCGGUGAUCGUCACUCAGAGACCAUUCCCCAUACAUUCUACGAUAUUCGAGUCAAUCGUCAAUCGGUGAAUCCUGGUAUUCAUGUCUAUGAAAAGAUGUGUUCUGGUCUAUACUUGGGUGAAAUUGUGCGCUUGAUCAUGGUGGAUUUCUUGGAUCGUCGUUUGUUAUUUGAUGCUCAUUAUUCCAAAGAACUCAAUACACCUUAUUUCUUUGAAGCUGCUUAUAUGAGUGCCAUUGAAAGAGACGAGUCAGAAGAACUGGAAGAAGUCAAGCAUAUCAUUGAAAAUGUGUUGAAUUUAAAGACAUCUACUUUGACAGAUCGUCACAUGGUCAAGCGUAUUUGUGAACUAGUGGGUAGAAGAGCCGCUCGUUUAAUUGCUGCUGGUAUGAGCUCGAUUAUCAGUAAGCGAGAUGGCCUUGAAACCGGAUUGACUAUCAGCGUCGAAGGCACUAUUUAUGAACAUUAUGCUAAUUUCCCUGACCGAGUCAAUAAGGCACUUCAAGAAUUAUAUGGUGAACAAUUUGAACGUAUUAACAUUGGCAUUGCUCGUGAUGGUAAUGGUAUUGGUGCUGCUUUGGCGGCUAUGCUUGUCAGCACUUGAAAAAAUAAAAAAUAAAAAAUGACUGAGCUAAUAACGCGAUUGGCUGUCCUAUUUUCUUAAACCC